AUGGACGGCAGGCAUGGACAAGCAGUCCAGCCCAAGAAAGCCAAGGUUUCUUACCUAGAUGGAAGGCCAACCCUUCAAAGACACAAGAAGGAAGGUGAAGAUCACCCUGCCUCAACCAAGAGAGAGGCAGAAGAUGCCAGCGCAACAGUGGGUACACUUACAUCCCAGCAGGGUUGGACCAAGGAACAUGUACUCAACUAUGACUGUGUAGCAAAGUAUGAGGGCAGCAGCAUCAUCAGGUCUGCAGACAACACAACCAUGAUUGGCCUCAUCUGUGGUGAUGAUGAGGCUACUUAUAGGAAGUGGUCAGCUGCUUAUCUUUCAUAUGCAGAAUGUUUUGUUCAUUUAUUUUUCAUAUUUUAUGUAACCUUAGAAAUCCACUGUCCUUUGGUCCCUGUGGAAAAUGGCAGGAUUACAGCAGGAUUUGGAUCACCUGUCUAUAGGAGCAUUGUCACUUUUGCCUGUAAUCAUGGCUACAUGCUGGAAGGGAGUGACACCAUCAUGUGCCAACAAAACGGGCAAUGGUCUUCCAAACCACCUACCUGCAGUAAAAUGAAUAUUUGCAGACUUCCAAAUAUUGAAAAUGGGUGGGUGACAAAUGUUAAUCCUCCUUACACAUAUGAUGACUCUAUUGAAUUUGCUUGCAAAGAUGGAUAUCUUCUUAAAGGAGCAAAAAGAGUAUCUUGUAAAAAAUACGACACAUGGUACCCUUUACCUCCAAAAUGUGAACAAGAUCCCUGCCAAGCUAAAGGCGUACUCAAUUAUGUAGAAUGUAAAGUAAAAAAAUUUUUCAAAAAGCUUAAAGACGCAGCUUCAGAUCUGACGUUAGGAUGAUUGAGCCCAACUCCAUGAACUGAAUUAAUGCAAAGCAACUCAGAUGUACUUUUGACCACAAUGGGUUAGUUUUACACGCUAACCUGAACGGAUGUGCCUACCAGACUCAACAACAUUUUAUAUAUUGGAAAAUCUUAUGUUCCUCAUCUCAGCACUAACUCAAUGUGAAGAUUGAUCCUGGAUUGACCAUCACUGUCAGUAGCUUUCAGUUCACACAAGCCCAUUUCCUGUGGGGGUCUGUGACACAAUGUAAGACUUGCAUAUUUCCCUUUGAAUCUUUCAUUUGAAUGUCCUCCCACCCUGAAUUGUGACCAACUGGAGUGAUUUUUUGUACUAGCCUGAUCUUUGACUGCUGUUUCUUCAUCUUGGUCUUGAGGACAAGCUGUUUUUGCUGCCCCCAGAAUUUCUAAAAUAAACACAAGUUCCAGUCUUCAGUCAAACUCUUUGUUUAACCAAACGUAUUUAUUCAGUUUUGUUAAUUGAGUCUGCCAUUCACAAGAAUCCAACACAUUGUGUUUCACUAUAUAUACUGUAUAUUGUGUUAUUACACACUUUAAUUGGCAAGAAUGAAAAGCAGCAGGACUAAGAAACACUGAUG